AUGAUGGAUGGGUAUGAGGGAAUGGAAGGAGACUUUGAAGAACACGUCCGGAGCCGUAUCGCUUCCAUGAUGGUCCCAGUCUCUGCUCCAAUUGCUGGGGUCGUCUGUGAUCAUCAUCUAGCUUCCCAGAUUGGACUAGACAUCCUGAAAGCAGGUGGAAAUGCAAUUGAGGCAGCAGUGGCUACCUUCUCUGCUCUAAGUGUCCUGCAGCCCUGGAGCUGUGGACUUGGAGGCGACAUCUUCUGCAUGUUUUAUGAGAGUUCCUCACGUCAAGUCCAUGGCAUCAAUGGAUCUGGUCGAUGUCCAAUGUCUCUGACCCUGGAAAAGUUGAAGGAUGAAGGAUACAAUGAGGAAAACCCUCUCCCACAAUCACAUCCUUUUUCAGUCACUGUAUCCUUGCAAGCUCUAGUGGAGCCAUCAGUGAAGCUGGCAAGGACUGGAUUCAAAUUGACACAUUAUUCAUCAGAGCAGUUUCGCAGAGAGAUGACCAAGCUCAUUGGGACUAAGCAUGGCUUUCAACUCCUUCUCCCUGCCAAUAUGAAGGAUGGCUUGGUUAAGAACCCUGGCCUUGCUCAGACUCUUGAGAUCUUUGGCACUGAGGGGAAGCACGGCUUCUAUGAGGGUGAGGUGGAGGAGUCCAUAGUGGGGGAGCUGGCGCUGGAGAACCAGGGUGAAGAGGUGAUGACAGAGGAAGACCUGCUUUGUCACAUCACAACAUGGGACCAUCCCAUUCGCUGUGACUACCGCAAGCAGAUUCGUGUCUGGGAAAUGCCUCCCAAUACCCAUGGUCUCAUUGUCCUCCUCACACUCAACAUCUUGGAAAAUUAUGACAUCAAACAGUUGUGUUGGUCCAGUCCCAUAUACCUCCAUUGCCUCAUUGAAGCAUUGAGACUGAGCUUUGCAGAUGCAUUCAAGUAUGUGUGUGACCCCAAGUUCCAUGCCAUCCCAAUGGAAACCCUCCUGUCUAAGGCCUACGCCCUUCAACGCUGGAAUCUCAUUCAUCAUGGACGAGCAAUGGAGGAAGUGGGAACCGGGGCUGAGACUGAAACAGUCGUGAAACUAGGGGCAGAUACAACAUAUGUGACAGCUGUGGAUGGAGAGGGCAAUGCCUGCUCCUUCAUUGCUUCCAACUGCUCUGGUGUCGGCUCUGGGAUCGUCCCCGAUGGGCGAGGGUUCUCCCUCCAGAACCGGGGUCUGGCAUUCAAUCUGAAGGAGGGACAUGUAAACAAGCUUCAUCCAGGAAAGAGACCCUACCAUACCAUCAUCCCUGGGAUGGUGACUGACCUGAAGACAGGUGAUGUCAUUGCAUCUUUUGGGAUCAUGGGGGGUCCCAUGCAGCCACAAGGACAUGUUCAGGUCCUUUUGAACAUGGUAGACUUUGGCAUGAACCCACAGCGGGCACUCAAUCAGCCUCGUCUUUUUGUCGACGUAUCCUGUACCGGGACGAAGAAGCCACCGGUGUAUCUGGAGGAAGGAUUCCCAAGCGGCACGGCCGAGACGCUGCGUGCGAUGGGCCACAACAUCCAGGGACCCGUGACGGGGUUUCAGCGUCGGAUCUUCGGUCGAGGGCACGUCGCGGCCAAGCGGGCGCUCUGGAACCACAGGCACGAAUCGGUAGACUCGGACUGGUAUCUGGGGUCAGACCCUCGCUCGGACGGCAUCCCCAAAGCCUUCUGAAGCCUGCCUAUUUCCUUCCUUUUUUUCUCUCUUCUCUUUUCUUAGGGCUCUGUAUAGCACUUGAUGAUGGCAGAAAUUGUGACCUGGGAAUGAAAUGUCUUUUCCAUC